AUGUGUGGAGGGAUUGAAAGUCUUAAGCAGCGUAUAGCCUCUUGCAUUGUCAAUUCCAGAUUGCAACUUUUUGAGCUGUAUACCAGUCUACAUCCUAUCUCUGCACCUGUAACAUGGCACGAGACUGUUUGGGAGAUACUGAAUUACCCAAAGCAUUCAUUCAUUUUGUGGCUGGUAGUACAAGAUAAACUUCAAACCCAAGAUAGAUUAAUGACACAUGGGAUCAUUCAGUCUUCAAUAUGCAAGCUAUGUGAUGGCUCAUAUGCUGAGAAUCGUAGCCAUCUCUUCUUUGAAUGCUCAAUGUCUACUUAUGUCUGGAAUAGCAUUAUGGAGUGGCUCAAUUUCAAAUGGAGAUGCUGUGUAUGGUCCCCCCUCAUGAAUUGGUAUAGUUUCAGAUUGAGGGGUAGGGGUUUAAAACAAAGAAUCAAGAGGAUGGCAUUAGCGGCUACUGUCUAUAAUAUUUGGAGAGAAAGAAACUGCAGAAUUUUCAAGCUGCAAAGUAGAACUGCUGAUUGCUUGAUUAAGAACAUUAAGUUGGAUAUUCUGACUGGCCGGAUGAAUGCAGAGAAUGGGUCCUCUCAUUAUAGAGCUCACUGCAAUCUCCAUGUUGACAGGAAGGUGCUGCACAUGGUGAGGAGGCAAAAUUUUGGUCUGCUUCAGUCUAAUUGUACAUUUUAUACUGUAGGUCGUAGCUUAUAUUGUACUGUUGAUUACCUGUAUUUCUCAUGA